AUGAACUUGGGUGGUCCAGAGACACUCGACGGUGUCCAAGACUUUUUAACAAGGCUGUUCUCGGAUCCGGAUCUUAUUCCGCUUCCUUUCCAGAAAAGCGUUGCUCCGAUAAUAGCCAAGAGACGUACACCUCGUAUUCAGGAUCAAUACGCCAAAAUAGGGGGAGGAUCACCAAUCAAGACUUGGACUGAAUUACAAGGAAAAGGAAUGGUUCGAUUGCUUGACAAGCUUAGCCCUGAGACUGCUCCACACAAGGCUUAUAUAGCCUUUCGAUACGCACCGCCGUUGACAGAAGAUGCAAUAAACCAAAUGAAAGAAGACGGUGUCACGCGCGCGGUAGCCUUUACCCAAUAUCCACAGUAUUCUUGCUCUACGACAGGCAGUAGUCUUAACGAAUUAUGGCGACGACUGCAAGAUUUGGACCCUCACGGUUCCGUCAAAUGGAGUGUUAUCGAUCGAUGGCCAACACACACGGGUUUAAUUGAGGCGUUUGCUAGACACAUUGAAUCUGCUCUAUCCACCUAUCCUGCGGAAUCUCGCUCAAAUGUAAUUUUGUUGUUCUCGGCUCAUUCUCUCCCAAUGGUCGUGGUAAACCGAGGAGAUCCGUACACUGCCGAAGUAGCGGCUACAGUUUAUCGCGUGAUGGAGCGUUUGAAAUUCUCAAAUCCGUAUCGACUAGUCUGGCAAUCGCAAGUAGGCCCACAGCCGUGGAUGGGGCCAAAGACAGACGAAGCAUUAACGGGGCUAGGAAAGAAGGGAUAUAAAGACGUAUUACUAGUGCCAAUUGCGUUUACAAGUGAUCAUAUCGAGACCUUGUUUGAAUUGGAUUUGGAGUAUGGGCAUAUGGCAAAGGAGGCUGGGAUUACGGGACUGAAACGCGCAGAAUCAUUGAAUGAUGACCCAAUAUUUAUCGAAGCAAUGGCAAAUCUCGUAGCCGAUCACUUACGGUCACGCCAACCUGUCUCUGUUCAGUUACCUUUACGAUGUCCACAAUGUAAAAAUGAAGUUUGCCGACGAUCGAAAGAAUUUUUCGCAAAUCAACAAAUUUAA